GUGAAGUGCGCGAGAAAAUUUCUCCGCUUGAUUUGACUAGCUGGAUGGCUGGAUUUUAUGUUUCCACGUGUCUGUACCGAUGAAAAUAAUUUAUUUGAGGAAUAUAUAUGUAAGUUCACUCCAUUUGCUGCAUUAAACGUUUGUACUAAUCUCCAAUGAGUUAAUUGUAAUAGAAAAAAGAAUUUUAUUUACAAUGGCUACAUCAUUAGCGGCACAACUUAAAAAAUUGAGAACUCCGCAGACGAAUUUAUUGCUGCAGGAUAAGAAACGCCCAAGUUUGCUGUUUGAUCCAAAGGAAGCUGCAAAUUUGGACAGAGACACUGUAUUGAGUAUAGGUCAGAGUGGUCUGCAAGAAUUAGUAAAACUUUCUUUAUUCUUUGAAGAAUUUAAAGCAACAAUAUUUGCACAGAGUACUGUGAAUUUUGAACGCGCCGUUCAAGAUGCCACAGUGAACAAAAAAUUGGAUGCAGAGAUCGCAAAGUUUCUAUUGUUACUCUCUCCUUAUUUUUUAUUAAGCGCAUCGCACAAAGCUUUGGAAUGGCUGAUAUACAGAUACCAUAUUCAUCAAUACAACCGAGAUCAAUAUAUACUUCUGAUUUUUCCUUAUCACGAAACUCGUAUGUUUGUUAGAGCUCUGCAGUUGGUGGAUCUAUCAGACGAAAACGACAAAUGGCACUGGCUGGCGCCUUUGCAGAAACGUGGUGUACCGUUAACUUCGGGUAUUCUUGUUAAUCGUUUGAGCACAGACAACGGACUUCUGAAGAUGUUAUGCAGCCACGUGAUAUCCGCCACGGAGAUGUAUUCCGAACAGGCUUUUUGUUUGACCACCUUGUACGCCUUUUAUACCACUGUAAUAUUGGGCGUGAUUGAACAAGUAUCUGUUACAGAGAUUCAAGUGAAUCACUUGCUGCCAACUCUACUCUAUAGCCUGAGAAGUCUCAUUCCCGAUCUUGCUUCUAGUAGCUACAUGAUCAUUGCAAAACUGAUGAUGAAGGUGAAGUUUAAUACCGAUACCACGGAAAAGUUGUUGCUGAAGAUCUUCAAAAAGACACUCUUGAAAGAGGAGGCUACAAUUCUUCUGCUCCAUCUCUAUCAAUCUCCGAUUAAUCGAUUGACUGUUGUACCGCAAGGUUUAGUCCUUCAAUUAUCGGAUUUAUCUUGGUUUGUGGAGAUAGUCGUCAAGAUUCAUUCGUCAGGCGUUAAUGCAUCUCGAUUCAUCGUAUGUUUUCUUCAGGCAGCUUGCCAGGUCGUCGCCGAGAAUCCCGAGGAUACCGUCAAUGUUCAGAAUAUGAUCGGCGACAUGCUAACACGCAUCAAUUUAGACAAUGACGCGGUGGAUGCCAUUUUGCUAAGUAUACAUACGUAUGAAUUUCUCAAGAAUGAUACUACGAAGAUCGCAAAAGACUUUUUAGCGAGAUUCUAUCAAAAUCUUGAGCGCAGUUAUCCAGAAAGGUUCGACAAAUAUCUGAAGAAGCUGAUGAAACAGGGCGACAAGGAUUCUAAGCAAACAUUACACUUUCUUACUUCUUGGCCUUUUUGCACCAAGGAGGCACAGGAUUCCGUUGAAAUCCUGAAUAAAUUGACGCACAUCAGCGCCGAGCAACGAGUGGUCGCCCUCGAGAUUCUCGCCAAGAACAACGCGAACGUACCUGAGAGUUUCCGCGAGAUGAUGACGAGUACGCUUCAAGCUAGAUUUUAUGACAGCGAUGUGAAUGUCGUGAAGACCUUGCUGUCCUUCACCAUGAAAAGAUUGACCAGUUUACUACCCACAGAUACCCUGGUGGAUGAAUUGUUGAUCUUGUUAUCGACAUGUCACACGUCAUCAAGGAAAAUACUGGCUAAGCCAGCAUUGAAGAUACUUUUGGAACUUUGCGAAGAAAGUGAUGAAACCAGCAUCUUUAUUACAGCUUUGCCGUAUCUAUUUCCGGCCGCGGACGAGGACGUGGAGGUCGCCAUGGAGGUUCUUCGUUCGAAUUUUGCCAAGAAUAACACAUACAUGCAACAUAUAUUAGAGGACAUUCGCAAAUCUGAAUUAUUAAAUGCCGAGGCGAUCUCCUCCACUGCUUUUCACAAUAUUUUGAAUCACAAGUUACUACCGCCUACGGAGAAUAUAUUGAAUUCCAUGCGGCAACAGAUCUCGCAUGGCGACGCGGCAUCCUUGUUUUUUAACAUGAUUCUAUUAGGAUCAGUUUGUAGAGUGCCCGUGGGUUCAAUGCCGGCCAACACUGCGCGUGACGUCAUCGAAAUGGCCACGAAGAUGAUUAAGACGUACUCGCGCGUUAAAUUACUGCACGAUUGCAACAAUAUUACUGGCAACAAUAUCCAAAUGGCAUUGAAGCUCACAUCCGAGGGUAUCCUGCCAUUGCAAGUGGGUACUUAUGUUCUGGAAAUGGUUCACAGACGACUAAAUAUCAAGUCUGAAUCGAAACUCGACUUUGAUAACAAUACAGAGAGGAGCAAUCUAAUCUUGCGACUUUUGGAGAUGUUCAUCGAGGGUAUGAAUAAUCGCCACUGGCGGAAACACUAUUCCAGAUGCCUGCAGAUCUUCUUUCAACUUCACUUCUCCACAGUGAAGGAUCUCAUCUGUUUUCUCGCACAGCUUUAUGUGAAACCCAUCAACGUGCAGACGUCCUAUCACUGUCUGCAAAUCUCCUCGCUGUUGUUGGACCAGUGCAAAUCUGUUCAAUGGGCAUUCCAAGAUCAGGACUUUGUAACUAAUCUGCUGCUUUCGCUGGCAAGACGUAACAACGAUUGUAGAACAGUGGCGUUAGACAUUCUAAAGAAAUUGACGCAAACUUUCAGCUUUACUACGGAACCAUUCUUCAUAUUGCUUCAGGAAUUAGCGGCGAGAAGUGCUGAAAUUUCCCAAGACCCCGACCAGCUCUCUCUGAGCCUCUAUGUUCUUCUCUCGCCUGAUCCUGAUGUGUCUUAUCAAGUAAAACAACGUAAGAAGCUGCAGCAGGCUCAAAAACUGCUGUUCAAUAUGGUUACGCAGCAGGAUGAAGUAUUAAAAAUUCCCAUGGAUCGAAAAUCGCAGUUGCUUGACAUCCUAAUACACGUUAAUAGUGCUGGAAUUCUCCAGCAAUUGGCUCCGUUAGGUCUUCAGCUUUUACAAAAGUUAGUGGAGGAUCCUAAAAAUAAAUCGGCUGCUAGCGCUUUGCGAAAUAUAUUGCAACGUUUUAAUGGAACUACGGUCAGUGCUUUGAAUGAUGAACAAGUAUGGUUAUUCUUUGAAGCGAGUAUUCUGGCGCACGAACUUCAAACGAUCACGGAAUCCGGCGAGCAAAAAUCGCCGAGCAUUGUGUUAUUGAGACAGAUCGACGAAAUAUUCUUUGAGAACGUCGGUGAAAUAUCUCGCGAUCUUCAGGCAAAGAUCUUAUCGAAGAUGUUGGACGUGGUGACCGAUUGCGAGAUUAGCAGCGUAAUUUCUGCCGUUGGCAGAGCGAUUCGUCGAAUUCGCAUCGAUGCGACAAUCAUAACGUCAGAAUUACAGACGAUGAAGUUGAACGGCCCAGAGGAAUCAACAGACCUGGGAAUGACGGCUAGCGCGAUGAAGCGAAAGAGACGGCAGAGCCAGAUUAAAUUGGCGAAUCCGGCGAUGGUGCACAGUCGGACAUGGAAGCGUGGCGUUGCUCUGCUGGAAUUUGCGCAGCGCGCCGAUAACAUCAAGCGCGAAGAAUUACUUUACGGAGUGCUGUUUGAUCUGCUCAACAUCUGUUUGAGUUUGGAGGAGCAGAGCCCGGUUGAGUACACUAAUCAGCUGAUUCUUUCGACAAUUCAUCGGCUGAUGACGAAAGGACUAUCGGUGCGUGAUGCCGAUGUGCAAAUCGCACUUAUUACUAAAUGCAUUAGAACAUCGCGCAAUCCACAGACGCAUCAUCACGCGCUGCUCGUGUUGGUCGAAUUGUUGAAAAACGUGGAUGUGCAACGCGCUCUUCUCAAUAUUAUGCCAAUCUUCACAUUUAUGGGCAAUACAGUGGUGCGCCAGGACGACGCCUACUCCAUUCAGAUCAUUUCCAAAACCCUGGAAACAGUGGUGCCGAUCGUGAACGCGGCCGACAACGAGAUACAUGCUUGUGAAUUACUAAGAACUUUCAUCGUCUCGUUGCCGCAUAUUCCCGAGCAUAGACGAUCGCCACUCUUCGUCAAACUGCUGCAACUUCUUGAGAAUCACUUACACUUAUACUAUCUGCUCUCUUUCGAAAAUCAUGUAAUGAAGACUGCAAAUCAAAGGACCGAGCAGCCAGCGCAGCAGAUGAAUUUUGCUCUUCAGGUGUCCCAAGAGUUUUCACCGCAGCAGUUGCUUCAGGUUUGCGUGAAAGUAGUCGAGUUCAUCAAGGUCCUACCGAUUGACAUCGAGGAUGAACAGGGGAGAAAGGCGGCGAUGAAGUUCCCAUAUAAAUACAUUUACGAUGUGACAAAAUCAAUGCCGAAAAGUCUUCGGUACUAUAAGAUAACGGCCGUACAAUUCCUCAGCAAUCUUUUAUCAUCUCAGAAUUUUAUUAAUCGCGUGGCUAUGCUGAGUCAGGACGAGGCGAACGAGAUGAACGAGUACUACAAUCGUCUAGCAAUCGAGUUAAUCUUGUUGAUUCAGACUAUUUCAAAAACCGCCGAUCAACAACAGAGUAAGCCGAGCUGCGCUAAAUACUGGAAAGUAUUGCUGCAUCAUUUAUAUGACGUAUUGGAUCUAGUGAAUAACUUGCUGCCGAACGCCUUGUUCUUGAAGAGUAUAAAGAACUUGUUGAAACACGAAUUGUUGUCUGUUAAUAAGAAGGCGUUAGAACUACUGAACGCGAGAUUGCUUCAGAAGAAAUUUAACGAUGAAGAUCACAUUGAUCUUCUAAGCCUGAUCAAAUCUUUGAUGAACUUCUUGGACACUGAAGUGAAAGUUGAGACCCAGGAACAAGAGAUUGUUCAACAGACGGUGCUGAUAUCCUUGAAACUACUGGCGAAGCUGCUGGCUAUUGAUCAUCCCGCAGUUUUUAAACCGAUCCUGGACAUGACGACAGAAUUGCUGCGAUCGAAAGACGGUCCAGUAUUAGCAAGCGCGGCAUUAUGCGUCGCAGAACUAUGCAGUUCCAUGAGAACGCACGCUCUAUACUCGCUGAAUAAAUUCGUGCCAGCGAUUUUGAAGUUACUGGAAACCCAUUGCCAUCAGAACGUACCAGACGUGAUGGUCAUCAGCAUUGUAAGUGCCUUGCAAAAAAUAGUGGAGUCGCUGGGAAAUUUUCUGUCACUGUAUUUGGACCAACUUUUGUCUGAAUUGGCCAUGUUGAGUUCCCUGUACACUGACACGGAGCAUCCUAAGAUCGAUAUUAUAGUUUCACGACUAAAGAUGACGACGCAAAAGUUAUCCAAUUGCAUACCUCUGCGAGUGUUGCUGCCGGCUGUCAAUAGGACUUACCAGAUUCUAUUAACCAAAAAGUCUUAUCAGUGUAUACCAUCGUUGAUGAGCGUGCUGGCCGAGUCCUUUGAAAGCGUGCAACCGGCGGACUUGAAGAUAGAAGUUGACAAUCUCGCCAAUUUCUUUCUCGAAGUUCUUCAAUUCCGGGAACAUAUCGGAAGCACGGACGACAAUGUGAAGACGGAGGAGGACACUAAAGCUACCUUAAAAGAUAUCGUUGCAAUCGAAGAAAGCGCCAGUAAGACGAUGGUAGCGUUGGUUUUGAAGCUGAGCGAAGCAACUUUCAAGCCGUUAUACAAUAAAUUCUAUGGAUGGGCAGCGAAUGAUACACAACACAAACACCGAAAUAUAACUUUCUACAGAUUAUCGGCGAAUAUAGCAGAAUGCUUGAAAUCUUUGUUUGUCCUUUUCGCCGGACUCUUUUUGAAGCACGCGGCGUCAUUGUUGAGCAGCAAUAACAUGUUUGUCAUAGACAGUCCACAGGAACUGACACUUCCCAACGAAUCGAACAGAAUUGAACUGGUGGAGGCGAUUUUACUGACGCUUCACCGGGUUUUUGAUUACGACGCGCAUAAUUUCGUCAGCCAGGAUCGAUUCGAGAUUCUCAUGCAGCCGAUAGUAGAUCAAGUGGAGAACACAAUGGGCACGAGGGAAGAAUACGAAAGUCGAGCUAAUCAGCUUAUUGUACCCUGCAUAGCCUCGUUCGCUAGUGCCAUUCCUGAUGAUUCGUUGCACAAACAACUGGUUUAUCAGACAUUGCUAAAAACCAGGCACGCAAAGCCUUAUGUUAGAAGUACUGCGUUAAAUGCAUUGGUGGAAAUCGCGAGAAAGCUUGGGGAAGAUUUUAUGCCGCUGUUGCCAGAAACUGUGCCGUUCCUGGCGGAAUUGUUGGAAGACGAAGAUGAGAUUACGGAAAAGUGUGCGCAAAAUGCUGUUCGCACUCUGGAAGAUAUUUUAGGCGAGCCUCUACAGAAAUAUUUUUAAAUUCAAUAUAAUUUUAAAUGUAAAGAGAGAUGUAAGUGUGUAAAUAUAUAGUUAGGUUUUACAUUAAAAAAUUGUUUCUGUAAA